UUGAGUAGCAGUGGUGCUAAGGUUAUUUAUGAGACAUUGAAGAACAUCGACACAUUGUUUGGAGCUGACGACCUGCCUACUAAGUGGGACCAACGGAAGUUGGAGAAUUUUCAGAAUAUUGUAUACCGCCAGAUUGAAGAGAGAAAAUGUAUGAUGGGCAGUGUGGAUACAAGUGAUUAUCUCAUCAGGGCAGAAGGACUGAAUACGUACUUUGGGAACAUUGCAGGAGUCCUAAAAGAAAAGAAUUUCAGUUACUGCGCCUGGGAAGUGGUUCGAAAAGAGCUCCUGUUCACACUACAGUUCAUUCUGGAACACAACUCUGAUAGCCUUCUGUGGGCCAACAGAACAUGA